AUGGAUUAUUAUAUAUCAUUCUAUGAAAUGAAGGACAUUGUGAUUCCUGACACAAAAUACGACGACAUUGUUGUGAAGAAUAUUAAAGAUGCUCCGAUCUCAGACUUUGUGACGUAUGAUCGCGACAUUUUCCCGUAUGAACGAUCGGAUUUUGUUAAGGCCUACAUUCAAGAUAAAGCAGCUUUCGCUCGAGUUGCUUAUGACAAAAACGGUAAGGUUAUUGGCAUUGGUGCUGUGGUGGCAUAUCCAUCUGGAGAAUGUGUGAUUGCUCCGAUGUAUUGUGAUAAUAUGCAUGUGGCUCGAGCUAUUUUCACCGAUAUUCUUCGUGAAAUGCCUUUGGAAAAAUUGUGGAGAUUCCACAUAAGAUCACAUAAUAAACAUGAUGAAUCAUUUGAAUGGAUAAAACCAUUUAUCCGGCCUCAAUUUGAACGGAAACAUCUGGCCAAACUUCUUUAUUCGUUGCAUGAAAUUCAGUACGUGGAUAUCAAGAGGAUCUACGCAUUCAUGCCUAUCACUAAUUAUCCGCUUUAA